UUUUUUUUUUUCUCUGUUGUAAAUGUCCUUAUAUUUUUACUCCAAAUUGGCAUUGACUGGAUUUUAUAUUCUCAAAGAUUCCAUGUGGAGCCGUGUACUUCAUUUUGCUGCCGAUGCUGUCUUAGUAUCAGUGAUUUUGGCUAGUGUGAAAAGAUCCACAGGUAUCACACCAGCAGUAUCUAAAAUCAAACACAAAGGACUUCGUAGUUAUGUAGAACAAUAUUUGAACAUGGGUGAAUACAUACUGGAUGCCUCCAUCUUGUAUCUUAGUCACUCGUCUUAUUUUGAACGACGACGAUAGGAAGUAGUGGAUUAGUCAUAUCAUAGUAUAGUAUGACAAUAGUGUUGACGUUUAUUCCCUUUGUUGGAUAGAUGAUGAUGAAUAAAAAAUAUUGAUUGUUAUGCCGACAGUUAAGUAGGUUUGUCAUCUUCUGUUUCAUUCGAUAGCAAUUCAUUUGGGAUGACUGGGCUUGAAUGAAUUCUUUUUUUUUAUAUAUAUAUAAAU